AAGAAAGGAUAUGGGAGGUUGUUGAUCGAGCUGAGUUAGUAUAUGGUUACGAGCUUUCAAAGCGUGAGCGGAAGGUUGGGUCCCCAGAAGAGCCGAUUAGCCAGAUGGCAAGACAUGCGUACAUGUCAUACUGGCGAAAGGCUCUCUUGCGGACCUUUUGCCAUGCGAGUGAUGAACAAAUCUCCACUUUCAACGUUGAGGACUUGUCGCAGAUGACAGCAAUACAAGUUAACGAUAUUAAUACUGCGUUGCGAUAUAUGGGGUUGUCAAAGUUGUGUAAGAAAGGGACAAGGAAUACGUUAGUGAUUACCAAAGAUAUGAUUAUGGAGUAUGUAACGAAGUCGGGUGAGAAGUGGGAGAGACCAGAGUUAAAUGUUAGUUUGUUGGUGUGGGAGCCGAGGGAUUAG